GUGUUUGUCGAUUUUAUUACAGAAAGUGACCUUCAAACAUUGCAUUUAUCCACACGAAACGUACGAAAGAAUGUUGAAGAGUCUCAAUGUUGACGUAGACAAUUUACCUAAAUUUGCGCUGUCAGAACUUUCCAUAUCUCCUCCAUUGCAAGCUCUUUUCUUCGAUGGACUUAAGAUCAUUGGUCUUGAAUUAAGGUACUCAGAACACACCCUGAUACAACCUCGAGUGUCCGACGACGUUGCCAACUACGUUUCGACAAUAAAAGAGUUUCAUUUAAUCGGUGCCGAAUUUCCAACAUUACCAAAUAACUCUGUACUGGAAAUUAUGACCCUGGAGAGUGGUAUAUCAAACAGCGAUCUCGGUGGCUGCAGCCAUCUCCGGUACCUAGCUCUCAUUAACUGGGCUGUACACAGCUUGAACGUGCAGAAGAGCGAAGGCUGGCUUUCCACCUGUCUUAAUCUAACUGAACUGGUGUUAGAAGCUCCGUCUAUCGACACUGCUUUUCGAGUGUUAACCAACGCUACCAGUCUUCGUAAAUUGGAGAUCACUAACCUGCCAAAGAACGUGCAUGGUAUUGAAAUUUCUGUCACCAACGCAUUCUACUUGGAAAGCAUCAAGAUUCAUAAAUCCACUAUAGAACGAAUUGUCAUAAACAAAAAUUUUCCGCUAGUAGCAGACAUAGAUUUCUCGGACAAUGAUUUAUGGAACGCUUUUCACAUUAAUAAGAUGAUGCUACAUGUACGGCUUCUCACGAACGCCACUUUAUCCAAUAACCCAAGGUUGGACCUCUGCACAGCACAACCAUCAAGUGAUGACCCUUGGGAAUUAUGGAUGCCUAAUUUAAAAAGACUAGUGGCGACCCAUACUGCAACCACUAGCAUGUGUUUUCAAAACUUACAAAGUGUAUCACUUGUACUUCUUGACUUGUCAUAUUGCAAAAUCAACGCAUUAGAUUUCACAGGAUUGCCGAGAUUCAACAGCAGCCAACUAGAGCUUCGUUUAAAUCACAACGCCAUUGAACGGGUGUCGUUUGAGCAUGCUGAUUACAACAAAUUACUACAGAACAGAAUUAUGGAUCAGCCACGCGAAUUAAGUCUACGUGAAUUACAUCUACAGGGAAAUCGUAUCAAGGAAUUCACCGCCAACGGCAUACCCGACAAACUAAAGUUCUUAGACUUAAGUUUCAAUCGCAUCUCUUACAUCGACAACAUGACAGCAACCGCGCUGUUUUCAUCAAAAGGGAGACGCAUCAAGCUAGCUGGUAACAGCUUCAUGUGCAACUGUCAGAACCAGGCUUUUCUUAUUAUCUUAAAUGACAAUAAGGAGCAGGUGGAUGACUACAACAAACUCGUCUGCAAAGAAGACGGAACUUUAAUAAGUAAUUUUACUGCCUCUGCGUUCUGUGUUAUUGAAGAACAGCCGCAAUUAGCAUUUGUCAAUAUCUUACUCCCAAUCUUACUCGCUGUCGUAGUCUUGACCAUCUUAGCUAUAUCUGUAUAUUUACGAUACGGAGUAGCCAUUAAGAACUUCCUAUAUACUAGAGGUUUGUGUCUAUUCUGUUUGAAAGAAGAGCUGUUGGACGAGAACCGUCCGUUUGACAUUUUUAUCUCUUUCUCCCACGAAGAUGAAGACUAUGUCUUGAAUAAGUUACUGCCGAUGUUAGAAAAGGAAAACUAUAAAGCGUGCGUUCAUAUGCGAAAUUGGAUUAUUGGUGAGUGGAUUCCGAAGCAAAUUUCGGUGUCGAUAGAAGUAUCGCGGCGUACGUUAAUAGUUCUGUCCAGAAAGUUUGUGAAGUCCUUGUGGGGGAUGUUGGAGUUCCGCAUGGCACAUGCGAGUAUGCUGCAUGAGGGUCGGGCGAGGUUGAUCGUUGUGGUGUUGGAUGAUGUUGUGAAGGAGGAGCAAUUGGACCCUGAGCUGAGGAACUAUCUCCGGACCAACACGUAUUUAGAGACGAGCGAUCCGUGGUUUUGGGAAAGAUUGCGGUCUGCGCUACCGCGACGAGGACGAUCUCGACUCGAGAAAAAUCAGCGAGUGCCAAUAGAUGUCGCUAAUGAGUUUGGACCAUAUGGAGCUGUUAUGCCCGUUGUUCAAAAGGACUUUAUUGACUCUAGCGUAUUAUCUAAUGGAUUAAGCGAGUCUUGA